CCGAAUUGCGGGAAAACAGUCAACGGAGCGAAAAACUGAGUUGGCACGCGCCCCACGCACAUAGUUGAUAUGAGUUUGAAAGUUUGCGAUUAUCUUCUUGUAGAGUUUGUGUUAAAGCCGCACUUUACCGAAUGGUGUUAGAUAUCGUUGUUAGCUGUUCUUUGUAGUUAGUUGUUGUGGCUGUUCUACUUGUAAUUAUCACAUGUACCUCAAAAACCACUUCAACCACCAAGCAGAAAAAAAGUAGGCCUCCAUCAAAUGCAACUGGCUUCAAAAAUAACAAAACUAACCCAACAACCGUCUGCAACCAGCUUCGAAAAAGUAACGUCGACAAAAAUCCGAAUCUUUGCGCAGGCGCGUUUCCAAAAAUUUCAAAAUGUUCGCGCUCCGAAAAAUGUCGCUGGUGAACAGCAACCACGUGUCUGCAGCGACGCCGGCCGCCGCGACGGCGAACGUCAACCACGAAAAUUUUUCGGCGCACAAUUCGCCCGGUCAGCACAAGAAACCGGUGAGGUUGAAAAACGUCGCCACCAGGUCAGAAGCGUUCGAUUCGUUGCACAUCAAGCCGUGCGAGACUUCGCCAUGUACAUCUCAAGUGUGUCUGGGCAGUAUGAUGGGUCAACCUGGGCGAAUCGAACCCAGAUCGCCUCAGGACGUUUUGAAACAUGCAAAGGAUUUUCUGGAUCAGUAUUUUACAUCGAUAAGAAGAUCCCAGAGUCCCGCUCAUACUGCGAGAUGGGAACAAGUGCAAAAGGAAAUCAACAGUACGGGGUCUUACCAGCUUACCGAGACCGAGUUAAUUUACGGUGCCAAGUUGGCUUGGAGAAAUUCGGUGAGAUGUAUUGGUAGGAUUCAGUGGUCGAAGUUGCAGGUUUUUGACUGCAGAUAUGUGACAACUACCAGUGGAAUGUUCGAAGCCCUUUGCAACCACGUUAAAUACAGCACCAAUAAGGGAAAUAUUAGAUCGGCAAUAACAAUCUUCCCUCAACGCACCGAUGGCACGCACGACUUCCGCGUGUGGAACUCGCAGCUUCUCGGCUACGCAGGAUACCGGCAACAGGACGGCUCUGUCAUAGGCGACCCGAUGAACGUCGAGUUCACCGAGCUCUGCCAGAAGUUGGGGUGGAAAUCCGCGGGAUCGCGAUGGGACGUUCUGCCCCUGGUGCUCUCCGCCAACGGACACGACCCAGAUUAUUUCGAUGUACCCAUGGAGUACGUCUUGGAGAUACCCCUAAGCCAUCCGACUUUAAACUGGUUUGAAGAUCUAGGCUUAAAAUGGUACAGUCUCCCUGCAGUCUCCAACAUGAUGUUCGACUGCGGAGGCAUCCAAUUUACUGCUGCACCUUUUAACGGUUGGUACAUGAGCACCGAAAUCGGCUGCAGAAAUUUGUGCGACACGCACCGAUUGAACAUGAUGGAGAUAAUCGCGUUAAAAAUGGGACUCGACACUCGCACCCCCGUCACCCUGUGGAAAGACAAGGCUCUAGUGGAAUGCAACGUUGCCGUCUUGCACAGUUUUCAGCAGAAAGGCGUCACGAUCGUGGACCACCACACGGCUUCCGAGUCGUUCAUGAAGCACCUGGAGAACGAAGUGAGGUUAAGGCACGGAUGCCCGGCCGACUGGGUCUGGAUUGUGCCGCCUCUAAGCGGAUCGGCCACUCCGGUCUUCCAUCAAGAGAUGGCGCUGUAUUAUUUGAAGCCUUCCUACGAGUACCAGGAACCCGCCUGGAAAUCCCACGUCUGGAAAAAAGGCAGGGAGUCUGGAAAGAGCAAAAAACCAAGACGGAAGUUCCAUUUUAAACAGAUCGCGCGUGCUGUCAAAUUUACCUCCAAACUGUUCGGUAGAGCGUUAUCCAGGAGGAUAAAGGCAACGGUGCUCUACGCGACAGAAACUGGAAAAUCUGAGGGUUAUGCCAAAAAGUUGGGUGAAAUUUUCGGGCAUGCUUUUAACGCACAAGUUUAUUGUAUGUCCGAUUAUGACAUUUCCAGUAUUGAACAUGAAGCUCUUUUGAUAGUUGUGACCUCUACGUUUGGUAAUGGAGAUCCACCGGAGAAUGGUGAAGAAUUCGCGAAAAAUCUCUACACGCUUAAAAUGAACGAAAACGGCAUAUCUAAUGGAGAUCCAGGAAAAUUAAGCAUGACGAUGGCGACUUCGAAAUCCUUCAUAAAAGCGAACAGUCAAAGUGAAAUUGCAACUGUUAAACGGCUGGAUAGACUGGAUUCUUUAAGAGGUUCUGUCAGCGAACCUUUAUUGGAGGACACAUUUGGGCCUUUAAGUAACGUACGAUUUGCCGUUUUUGGCCUGGGAUCCAGCGCCUACCCAAACUUCUGCGCUUUCGGGAAAUACGUCGACAACCUUUUGGGAGAAUUGGGUGGCGAAAGACUAAUAAAACUGGCAACAGGGGACGAAAUGUGCGGACAAGAGCAAGCCUUCAGAAAAUGGGCACCACAGAUCUUCAAAGUAGCUUGUGAGACGUUUUGUUUGGAUGAUGACGAUACGUUUUUGGAAGCCACAAUCACACUACAAAGUCAAUCGAUUACAGAACAAACUGUAAGACUUGUGGAGUGUAAAGCUGAUGCUCUUACAGCUGGAUUAGAGAAAUGCCAUAACAAAAAAGUUGCACCAUCGCGACUUCUAAAACGUACAAACCUCCAUGGGGAGAAAUCCUCCAAAGCUACCCUCUUGCUGGAAUUCGAAAGUAAUAUGAAGUACAACCCUGGCGAUCACGUAGGCGUAUUCUGCAUGAACAAACCAGAGUUGGUGGAAAAAAUCUUGAGAAGACUCAAAGGAGUGCCCAAUCUGGAAACUCCAGUGGAGUUGCAAAUCUUGAACGAAAGCCAUACGUCGAAUGGUGUUGUGAAAACCUGGACGCCUCACGAAAGGUUGCCAUCCUGUUCGGUUAGAGAAUUAUUGGGGAGAUACUUGGAUAUAACUACACCACCUUCUCAUAAUUUACUCCAGCAAUUCGCUGAUAUCGCGACUGAUGAACAGGAUCAGAAAAAAUUAAAUCUUCUGGCAACAGACUCUGCCGCAUAUGAGGAUUGGCGCCACUGGCGGUUUCCAAAUUUAGCUGAAGUUUUAGAGGAAUUCCCAUCGGUGCAGCCGUACGCUCCUCUACUUUUAGCCCAGCUGAGCAUCCUGCAGCCCAGGUUCUAUUCGAUUUCGUCUAGCCCAGCUAUGCAUCCAAACCAACUGCAUCUGACUGUGGCCGUGGUAGUUUACAAAACAGAAGAUGGGGAAGGACCUUUACAUUAUGGAGUGUGUUCGAAUUAUCUUCAUGAUGUUCCUGAAGGAGAUGAAGUUUGUCUAUUUGUCAGAAGUGCUCCCAAUUUCUAUCUGCCAAACGACCCCUCCAGGCCCGUUAUCCUUGUUGGGCCUGGCACUGGAAUUGCUCCGUUCAGGUCGUUCUGGCAACACCGCUAUGUGCAGACACGCAAUAAAAACCUCAAAAUUGGAAAGAUGUGGCUGUUUUUCGGGUGCCGCACGAAAGACAUGGACUUAUACAAGGACGAAAAAAAUCACAUGAAAAUUUCCGGGGUUUUGGAUAAAGUUUUUCUGGCUUUGUCGAGGCAACCCAACAUACCAAAAACUUACGUUCAAGAUUUGGCCCUAAACGAGGCGGCGGAAGUAUAUAGAUAUUUGGUUUUGGAAAAAGGACAUUUCUAUGUUUGCGGUGAUUGUACAAUGGCUGAGCAUGUGUACCAAACGUUAAAAACCAUAAUUCAAAAGUAUGGAAGUAUGAAUGAUCAACAGGUGCAGAGCUACAUGUUAUCUUUAAGGGACGAGAAUAGGUAUCAUGAAGACAUAUUUGGAAUAACAUUAAGAACGGCUGAAGUGCACAAUCGUUCGCGAGAAUCCGCCAGAAUUCGUAUGGCAUCGGAACCUUAACGCAAAUUUUCAUUAAGACAUCAAAUUUUUAAUAACUAACAUUAAAUUAAAUUUAUAUAUAAUAAAAAAUUAAUGGUAAUAACACUAAAAGAAAACAACCGUUUUUAAUCGACACUAAAACAAACAAAAAUGUCAUCAAAUGAACUUUUUAUUCAUCUACUCAUCUAUUGACUAAUGUAUAUAAAUAUACUCUUGUAUAUUAUUAAUCUCGCACAAAGAAAGUUCGAAUUGUUACUGAACGAUAUAUGCACUAAAUAUAUGAGAAUAAAAAAAUUCUUUAUGUGAUCAUUAUCUACAAAUAAUUAUUGAAUUGUGAUUUUAAAUGCUUCUAUUAUAAAUCUUGUUGUUGUAAAUUACAAUAUCAUCGAAUUUAUGUAUAUGCAAUAUAACUAAUUUAAUAUUAAUUCAAUAAAAAUAUUUAAUGACUAAAAUGUGUUUUUU